GUAACUCCAUCCCUCUGCCCGCAUCAGGCCGGGGAAAGGCGCCGCCGGAGCUCCAGCGCAGGCGGGAUCGCCCCAGGGCGGAGGGUGCUGCGAGGCGGAGGAAAGGGGCGCCGGAGCCCGGCAGGAACAGGGCUACAGUCAAGGGCAGAGUCGUGAAGUCAGCGAUAGAGGAGUAUCAUAAGAAGAAGGCCGAGAAUCACUUGAGAGAAAACCUGCAGUACAUGUUGAAAGGACGAGUUGUUGCAAACAGAGCAGUCACAGAAAAAGUUCUCGCACAGAACAGAGGCAGGAAGGCAAAAGAUCAGCCUCCAAAGAAGGCAGCAAAGAAGAAGCCCGAGGGCACUGUCUUCACUGAAGAAGACUUCCGUAAAUUUGAGAGGGAAUACUUUGGGAUACCAUAA